AUGGACGGUUUCGAUCGAGUCGAGUCUGGCAACAAUCCCGUCUUCGGUCGCACGACGAAUCCCUAUUCUCCCUUGCACAUCCCCGGUGGCUCGAGCGGAGGCGAAGCCGCUUUGCUCGCGUGCGGCGGUUCUGCACUCGGGUUCGGAAGUGAUCUUGCCGGUAGUUUGAGAUUUCCGGCGCAUAUGUCGGGCUGCUUUUCCCUCAAGUUUGGGCAGGGAGGAAGGAUGAGCAAGAAUGGGAUGACGAAUAUAGUGCCGACCGAGGGAUUUGAGGCUGUCCAUGUUUCAGUAGGUCCCAUGGCCAGAUCGAUCGCAGACCUCAGACUCGCCUGUCAAACACUUUGCGGCCUUCCCGGCGGACCCGGUGAGAUCGCACCCGUUCCGUGGAGAGAGGUCAUUCUGCCGAAGAAGCUCAAAGUAGGAUAUUAUCUGCGUGACGACUUCGCUGAGUUCUCCCCACCUGUCAAGCGGGCGCUGCGGGAGUGCGUGGCGGCUCUCGAAAGAGAAGGACACGAAUGUGUCGAGUUCCUUCCCCCGUAUGCGCUCGAGACGAUGGAAACUUUCGUGGCCCUGACUAGUUCGGAUGGAUACAAACAGCUGACCUCACACCUCGGUCCAGAUCCACAAGAUCCGUCCAUGUUUCUCGUCCUACUUGGUCCCAAGAUCCCAGCAAUUAUCAGGACUAUGUCAUGUUUCGUGUUGAGAAGAUUCCUGAGAGAUCAGAAGUUCGCAGCGCUUGUCCAGGCUUUGAGAGUCAAGUCUGUGCGGGACUUUAACCGCUGGGUACACAGGCGGAACGAGCUCGUCCAGAAGUUUCAUACAGAGGUCUGGGAAAAGUACGGAUUCGACAUCAUCCUCGGUCCGGUCCAUUCCAUGCCCGCCCUGCCGCACAACGCGACUGCCCGACUCUCUCCUCUGGCCGGCACAGCAAUUCUAUACAGCAUCCUCUCUCUCCCUGCUGGGGUCAUUCCGGUAACCCGCGUCCUGCCCACAGACACCUGGCCAGAGGAGCCUCAAGACCCGGGGAUGCGCCUGUUGAGGGGAAUCAUGCGCCAGCUGUACGACCCAGAGAAAAUGGCCGGUCUUCCAAUAGGCGUGCAAGUAGUAGGCAGGCCGUGGGAAGAAGAGAAGUUGCUGGAGGUCAUGGGCUUGCUCGACAACACAUUGGGGCCGCGAGGGUUCGCCCCGGGAAGCUGGACACCGCCUACGCCUACGGUUGACUAGCUCUGAAGAAGAUACCCGUGGGAAGGUGGGCAGUAUUUCUCAUACCGCCGGGCCGGGCGGAAGGCGGGUACCCCCGAUUCUGUUCAUCAUACAGCUAGACCUGAGCUGGCCCAGAGGCCUCUCAAGUGACCUUCUCUCCUCUGUUCUUUCCAUCUGCAGGUAUCAGGAACACGAUCCCGGGCGGAACGGUAUCUCUCUUUAGUGGGAUGUACUGUACACGUACCUGUGCCUAUAUUUCUGUCACUCGUUUAUCCCAAAGACUUCUGCGCGGACAGCGCAGUCCGGUUAUGCGCUGGUGCGGUGUAUGCACUGCCUAGUGCUGUAAUCUACGCGCUGGUUCUGCACUCGUUUCAUAAUUUAU